AUGGACCACCCUCCACCCCCUGAAUACCGUGAGCCACAUAACAGGCGCUCGAGCUUCAGUGGGAGCGACGAUGUGCUCAUCGUUCGAACCGUGAUGGAAAAUCUGGAUAUUUUCUCGUUUAUCCAAAGUCAGCGGACCAGAGCGUGGAAGGCCAUAACGCAGUGUCUGUGCGAUCAAGGGAUCACAUGCACGACUGAAUCGGUUCGCUGCCGGAUCAAUCGACUCGCUGAGAGGUACCAGGCGGGGUUUGCUGAGGGGCAGGGGCCAGACGGUGACACCGAGAUCACGCCUUUGGAACAGCUCCUGGCACAAUACAUAGCUGCGAGAAACCAGUUCGAGCGUAGGGGGAAUACCUCCUUGCCUGGGAUAUUGCACGAUCAGUCAAGCAAUGUACGGACCCGUCAAGUCUCAGAUGAGACGCAUCGGACUUCAGAUGAUAUGAACGACUCGACCACUGUGUCCGAUAUGACAACUCCAGAUCUUCCAGAUGUACCGCUAUCAACUACACCCGCAUCCGGGCAGGAAGCUCUACAAAGUAGCAAAAAGCCUCGCAAAAGACGGUUUUACUUUGAAAGCGAACACGACGAGAUCCUGCUGAAACUCAUGCUAGCUGAUGAAGGAGUUAUCACGGCUUCAGGCGUCAAGCGACCACAGUGGAAGAAAAUUGAGGCUGAAGUAAACAGCAGAGGUAUGCGCGUAAACACUCACACCAUUCGCACCCACCUCCGACUACUGGUUGAUGCGUAUCGAAAGGAGGAAGGCGUGGGUUACAUCGAACCAGACAAAAUGUCGGAGAAGCAAAGACUGCUGAGCGAAUACUGCAGAAAGCUGGAUGAUACCAAGCAAUCAGCUUCCAGUAGCAAUGAAAACCAGUUUCUUCGUCUAACCCAAGGAAAUGAAUGUGAGCGGUGCCGUGAUCCCAGUAAUGAGAGCAGAUGGCGUUCGAAACCGGCUGUGUUUCCAGCCACGUCAGAGCCGCUUUCUCGAGCUCAAGUACCGACACUUAGCGGCAGUGGGGCGAGUUUCGAGGACUUUCCUGCUACUGUUCAUGUUCCAGAAACGGCUCCAACCUCUACCCCUGACCAUCUAGCGACAUCGACAAAUGUCGCCGACGACACGACGACCCUCAGACCUGAGACAGCUAUACUUCAUCCGAUCUCUAUGUCGACCAGCACUGCAGAUCGCGUGUCACCGGGCGUCGCUUCAGUUUCUACAGCCGAUUGCCCCAGCUCCUUCAGCGAUUCUUCGGCACGGCCUGAAGAAACCUCAUGUAUCGAAGCCGGUGAACCCGCAUCAAAGAAGCGAAAGGUGAGACUUGACACGGUCUUAGACCGUUUCAUAUCGAUGCAGCGUGACCACUACAGAGAACAACGUGAGUACGAGAGGGCCGUCACCAGUGAACAGCGGACCCUGCAGAGGCAAACGAUUGAACUGCAAACGCGAGCGCUGGAUAUUCAAGAGAAAUCGAUGGGUAUGCAAGAGAGGUUGAUGGCUAUGAUGGAAAAGGUCAUGGAUAAGCUCAACUAA